AUGCUCCCCAACUACAACAACCACUGGCAAGAAGCCAGAAAUAGAAACACUAAUCGUCAACCAAACCAAUAUCACGUACCCUACAACGGCCCUGUCUUCCAUCGACCUCCACCACCUACCAAUCGCCGACCACCAACCAACCCAUCCAGCUAUAUCCCACCCCAUCGCCGACCUACCUACAACACAGCCUACCAAUCAAGAGGUAACCAUCGACCUGACCAACAACAGAAACGACUACCAGCCCACCGACGCCAACCAGUCCCCACUCAUAAGGAGGAAGAACCCUUUGUGAAGGUGUUCUUCCAAGUUUUGCAGUGCCUCCAUCAUUUGGCAAUCCUUACCCUUCAACAGCAAGGCCAACCAGCGUUUACCUUCAAACGCAAAGUCUCUGAGUUGGAUAGUUUUAUCCGUCCAGCAAUGAAAACAUCAGCUGUCGACGCGAAUAUUAGAUCCCUCAAUCGGACAUGGCUCUGUAAG